UGUGGUUUCCCGUACUGUGGAAGCGGCGUUGACUGAUGUGUCAAAAUGGCAGAGCUAACAACACUGGAGAGCCUGUUGGAGAUGGGCUUUGAGAGAAACAGAGCGGAGAAAGCGGUGGCCAUCACAGGAAACCAGGGAAUAGAACAAGCCAUGGACUGGUUAGUGGAACAUGAGAACGACCCGGACAUCGAUGAGCCCUAUGUGCCGCCUGUGGGGAAUGUCCUGGGAGGAGAAGCAGACAGCCAGUCCACCACAGAACAGCCGACACUAGCAGACACCGCUGAAGGGUCAGCAGAUGCAGACGGCAGCCACAGUGGUGAUGAGAAAAGUGCAAAGAGGCCAAUGACGGAGGAGGAGAAACUUGAGCAAGUUAAAAGGCUUGAGGAGCUGAUGCGGGUGAAGCAGGCAGAGAGAAGGGAGCGAGAACGGGAGGAAGAGUUGGAGAGGGAGAAGCUGCGGAGGAGACAGGGCCAAGAGCUGCAGCAGAUUCGCCAAAAGCUGCAGGAGGAUGAUAUGAAAAAACUCGCCGAGCAGCGCAGGAGAGAGAAGAUGGAGGACAAACUGGCAAGGCAAAGGGUUAAGGACAAGAUAGCACGAGACAGAGAGGAGAGAGCACAAAAGUUUGGAGGUGGUGGACCUGUGAGCACAGCCACAUCGUCCCAUCCUGCCCAGCCCAGCCCCUCAUCACCCACCAGUCACGGCCCUCCACCUACUAAGAAGGAGUAUGAUGAGUCCAGGAUACAGGUCCGUCUGCUGGACGGCUCGACCAUCACGACAGUCUUCAAGGCCCAGGAGCCGCUGGCGGCAGUGCGCGUCUAUGUGCAGAUGAACGGCAACACGCCCGAGGGUCAGGACUUCACGCUGCUGUCGCCGUACCCCCGCCACGAAUACACCGAACUGGACAUGGAGAAGCCCCUCAAAGAACUGGGUUUGGUGCCUUCAGCUGUGCUGGUUGUUACCAAAAAGUGAGAUAAGGAGGAUCUGCUCUGUGAGCCUACCUCACCACCUCCUCCACAUCAACACAAAAGACACUAGAAAGAGAUUUAGCCAGGAACAGAGCUGUCACCUUGUAGUAUCACUCAUUAAGCCAGCUAACUGAACUAAAGCAGAAAGAUGCAGCUCGAGGCCGUGAUCCGAUUGUGUUUAACUACACGUAACAACUUUUUGGACAUGUAACACUGAAAAACAGUUCGGUUAACUCACUGAUUGAUGCAUUAUGCCUUUCUGGGCUGAGUGAUAUCCCUUGCUAUAGAUUGUUUGAUGUGCAGUGAGAUGGACAGUGACUUUUACAAUGUGAAGAUAGCUGGCUUCUGAUGGAUACUGCAUCAUGGUUUUCAACAACACAUUUCUAAAAACCAUACAGCACAAAAUCGUUCAAUUUUAACCUGAUCCUGACAGAGCAAAGUACCACACAAGACCCACUUGAUUGGUUCUGAAGGGGCCUUAAAUUUAAUCCCCAAGAUCUUCCUGAUUUUGUCACAUUCUACUUUGCCAUUUUCUUUUUAUAAUUUUAAAUAUAUUGACAGUUAUGUCUGCAUAAUCACCAAGAAUCUACUUAAAAUAAAGCUGACUUGGAGAA